AUGAAGCUAUCUAGAAGCAUCCCGCUCAUCUCGCUGGCCGCCGUUGCCGAGGCCGGCACGCUCUCGCCACCACAACACAUCUUCAGCAACCCGCCAUCAUCGUCUGGACACCGGAUUCCAACUUCGUACGAGUCAGCGGUGCUGGGUCGACGGAUCUUAGCAUUGACACCUCUGGGGAACCUCGCAACCACCUUCCCAGCGGACAAUGCAGGUGACCAGUACGGUGUAGAGGAAAACCGCCCUGCAGGACUCGGCGGCAUGCCUCACUCGCUGAUGGACUACGUCGCGGACUGUGAGGACGACGGAAACCCGACCUUCUUAGCCAUCAACAUCGAGACCACCUUCAAGAAUGUGCGCGAUGGAUCCAACGUCAGUCUAGCGCAGCAAUGGACGCCGCCUUAUCCGCCUGAUAAGCGGAUCAAGUCCGCUUCCACUGCUUCUCCCUCGGGCUUAUUGUCCCAGCUUCUUAACUGGCUCGGGCUCGGUUCUGACGGCAACGAAGAUGAGAAUUCGCCACCCAAAGACAUGGUCCCGUACAGCGCGGCCAAUCUCCCGCGCUUCAGCCUGCUCGGCUACAUCGAGAAGAUCAACGACAUGUCCGCCGCGACGCUCGCCGAGUGUUUCGUGAAGAAGCAUCCCGACGCCAAGUACUGGCUUCCCGGGAACCGGAUCCACGAGUCGGAGUUCGUCCGGCUCGUCGUCACGCAAAUCUACUGGGUGGGGGGAUUUGGCGACAGGGCCUUCAUCGGCUGGAUCUCGCCUGAGGAGUGGAAGAGUGUCACGCGCGAGGAGUGGGAGAAGGUCUCGCUGCCUGGCGAGAAGAAGGGCUGGAAAGAAUGGAGUGUCGAGACGGCUGAUUUGUAA